GAAGACGAACACCAGAAGCUUUCUUAUCUGUAGUCAUUAGUUGCUACAUUCAACCUAUGCAAUCUACUGUAAAUCUCUUAUCUAUAGUUACAUUUGUAAAUAGAUGGCAAAUAGUUUUAGAAUUGAGGUGUUGUGUACUUCAUCAAAAUAAAGUAUUACUUCCAAAAUGAACUCAAAAUCUGAUGACACACAUCAAGUUUGCCCAAUUUGUUUCAAGAAAUUUGCCAUGGGUAUUAUCGAAGAACAUGUAAAUAAAUGCAUAUUUUUGAACUCUAAUGAAAACACGCUUAAACGUAAAAGAAAUUUGUUACUUUCCUCUGAAACGAGCAAUGUAUCAGUUUCAUCUCAUGAACCAUGUGCAUCAAGUUUAACUGAUAAUUUAGAAUGUAAAAAUCAGCAAAGCAAUAGUUUAAUGGAAAAAUCAAUAUCCUCUGUAACUGUGAAAGCGAAACUUUGCAUUAAUAAUGUUCCACUAGCUAAGAAAAUUAAGCCAAAACAUUUAGAAGAUUUUUAUGGACAGAAUCAUGUUUUAGGAAAAAAUACGUCUUUAUAUCAUCUUUUGCAGAAUAAAGAAAUUCCUAAUAUGAUAUUAUGGGGUCCACCAGGCUGUGGAAAAACUUGUUUAGCAGGUAUAAUAAAUGAAAUUUGCAAUGAGAACCCCAAGCAGUUUAAGUUUGUUAAUUUAUGUGCUGCUUCCACAAACAUUAAAGAAGUUAAUAAUGCAGUUGAAAUAGCAAAAAAUGAAUUAAAAUUUGGAAAAAAGACAAUAAUAUUUAUGGACGAAAUACAUAGAUUCAAUAAAAGACAACAAGAUUCUUUUCUUUUAUGUGUUGAAAAUGGUGAUAUAACAUUAAUUGGAGCUACAACAGAAAAUCCAUCAUUUUAUAUUAAUUCUGCUCUUUUAUCAAGAUGUAGGGUAGUUGUUUUUGAGAAGUUGCAAACAUCGGAUCUUAUGUUAAUUUUAAAAAGAGCAUUGCAGAUACAAAAUAUUGGUGUGAUUGAUGAUGAAAACAGUUGUAAGAAUUUAGAUAGAUUGUUCGUAACCACUUCUGCUAUUGAAUGGCUAAGUAAUAUAAGUGAUGGAGAUGCUAGAAUUGCAAUAAAUAAUUUAGAAUUAGUUUUGAAGGAUAAUAAUCAUGACAACAAGAUUAUCACAGUUGCUGAUAUAAAAGAAAGAGUAAAGAAAUCCCAUCUAUUAUAUGAUAGAAAAGGAGAGGAACAUUACAAUCUAAUUUCAGCAGUUCACAAGUCCAUUAGGAAUUCCGAUGCCAAUGCAGCUUUAUAUUGGACAACAAGAAUGAUUAUGAGCGGGGAAGAUCCUUUGUUUAUAGCAAGAAGAAUGGUUAGGGCAGCGUCUGAGGACAUAGGUAAUGCCGAUCCCAAUGCUCUUCAGUUAGCUGUGAGUACUAUGCAAGGAUGUCAAUUAUUAGGAAUGCCAGAAGCUGAUUGUCUUCUUGCACAAUGUGCCAUUUAUUUGGCCCGUGCGCCUAAAUCUAGAGAAUCCGAUACUGCUUUGAUGGCUGCCAAGAAUUUGAUAACUAAUUGGAAAGGUGCACAGCCGCUUGUGCCACUGCAUCUUCGCAACGCUCCCACUAAGUUAAUGAAAAACUUAGGUUACGGAAAGUUUACACCAGGACAGACAUCCUGUAUGCCUGAGGGAUUGGAAAAUGUGUGUUUCUUUGAGUAGUUUUAAGGCUUUUAUGUUAUACAGUUAUUUUAACAUGGUAUAAAAUU